AUGUGGUUCUGGAGGAUUCUGAGGGGUCCUGGAGGGUUCUGGAGGGGGACUUUGGGGUUCUUGAAGGUUCUGGAGGUAUCUGUGUGGUUCUGGAGGGUUCUGUGUGGGCCCAAACGGCUGCAGGCUCUCUGGGUGCUGAUCCUGUGCUCUGUCCCUCAGGAGUUCGGCAGCUACAGCUCUCUGGGUCAGACCCAGUUCUCCCAGUACUACACCCUCCCUCCCAGCUACACGCCGGCCGGGCUGCCCGCCGCCGACCAGCACGCCGCCGCCGCCGUGGGAGGAUACUCCGCCGUGAAGUCGGAGGAGGCGGCCUCGGCCGGACUGCCCCCCCCGAGCCCGGCUGAGAGCCUCCCGGCCGGAGCGGCUCUUCCCUCCGCGGUGACGCUGCCGGCUGCAGCCAGAGAGGACGAACUCGGCCGCAGGAACUCUGUGGGCAAAGCCAAAGGAAAGGCAAAGAAGUCGGACAGCUCGCCGCCAGCCGACGGCGACCUGGAGAACCUGAACGCCUCUGUGCCAUUCCAGAGGAUCUUCCUGUGGGAUCUGGAUGAGACCAUCAUCAUCUUCCACUCGUUGCUCACCGGCUCCUACGCACAGAAGUUUGGAAAGGACCCAGCCUCGGUGCUGAACCUGGGCCUGCAGAUGGAGGAGCUGAUUUUUGAGCUGGCAGACACUCAUCUGUUCUUCAACGACCUGGAGGAGUGCGACCAGGUCCACGUGGAGGACGUGGCGUCCGACGACAACGGGCAGGACCUGAGCAGCUACAACUUCCUGGCCGACGGCUUCAACGGGCCCGGCGGGGGCGGGGCCUCGGGCGCCGGCGCCGGCGUGCAGGGCGGCGUGGAGUGGAUGCGCAAGCUGGCCUUCCGCUACCGGCGGCUAAAAGAGAUCUACAACAGCUACAAGGGGAACGUCGGGGGUCUGCUGAGCCCCGUGAAGAGGGAGCUGCUGCUGAGGCUCCAGGCCGAGAUCGAGAGCGUCACCGACGCCUGGCUCAGCACGGCGCUCAAGUCCCUGCUGCUCAUCCAGUCCAGGGGGAAGUGCAUGAACGUGCUGGUGACCACCACCCAGCUGGUUCCUGCCGUGGCCAAAGUGCUGCUUUACGGGCUGGGAGACGUCUUCCCCAUCGAGAACAUCUACAGCGCCACUAAGAUCGGGAAGGAGAGCUGCUUCGAGAGGGUGGUGUCCCGCUUUGGGAAGAAGGUCACCUACGUGGUGAUCGGAGACGGCCGGGACGAGGAGUUCGCAGCCAAGCAGAACCAGAACCCGAACUGUUCUGCUAAAGCCGGCCCUCCCUCUCUGCAGCACAACAUGCCUUUCUGGAGGAUCUCCACCCACGGCGACCUCGUGUCCCUGCAUCAGGCGCUGGAGCUGGACUUCCUGUAG